AUGAACGUCGAAGGGGCGACGAUUAGCGAUGAAUUGCCCUACCAAGAAACUCGUGAUAUCGUUUUGCCAAACCAGACCGAGAAUUUUUAUGCGCAACAGAUCGGUGGUUCCCUGGCCAAGGUCGUUUAUUUUUCGAGGAAGCCAGAUUCAUCAAAGGGAGGUCGCUUGAACUUCACAAAAUUUGAAACAGAAAGGAUAGAUGAAUGUAUAGAUUUCAUAGAAAAUCUCGUGUCAAGUAGACACUCGCAAGUUCCUAAAUUGCGGGAAAAAAUUGUCGUAAAGGCCACUGGUGGUGGGGCCCACAAAUAUUUUGAUAAGUUUACCGAGAAAUUGAAAAAUGUGACGAUAGAGAAGGAAGACGAGAUGGAAUGUCUGAUAACCGGCUUAAACUUUUUAAUUGCGGAAAUUCCUUAUGAAGUUUUCACUUAUAGUGAAAAUGAUCCUAUGUGUUUCGAAGAUACUCUGUCAUCAAAUAUGUUUCCGUGUAUAUUGGUUAACAUCGGCUCCGGCGUCAGCAUAUUGAAAGUGACUAGCCCAGACAAAUUUGAACGUAUUUCUGGUACUUCGGAGGAGACAGGCAUUUUCCACUUUAUCGAUCAACGAGUCACUCAAUUUGAUGUCUGCGUUUCAGAAAUGUUGGAGAUGAGCCAACGCGGCGACAAUACGAACGUGGACAUGUUGGUUGGUGACAUCUACGGAUCCGAUUACAACAAGAUCGGAUUAAAGUCUACCACAAUUGCUUCUUCUAUGGGAAAGGUUUUUAAAAAGAAUGAGAGACAGGAUGGUGCAAUCAAAGCUCUCUUUCUUCGUCACGAAGGAUAUCUUGGUGCUGUUGGCGCUUUCCUUAAGCACAGGACCCGACAUCGUGCGUGCUCUUUCUCCGAGAUUCUCACCUUUCCUCAAAUGAUUACAGAGGGUUCUGUCAAUGCAUAUGGGAUUUUAGAAAGUACACCGACAAAGUUAGUAGUAUUCCCAAAGCUACAUGACCUGACCAAUUACAAUCCAGACACUGCAAUGUUGACAGAUUCGGUCUCUCAACAUUAUUGGAUUGAUGUAUUGGAGGAUAACCUUCAGAGUCUUGUUGAACUUGCCAUAAAGUGGAAUUCCAACGGUGACGAUCAGAAACAGGAUGUUCAAACCCGCGCCUCAACCUUUGAUACUUUAUUCCGAAGUCAUCUUACGCGGUUGCGGGAUCAUCCAACAAUGUAUGGUGCGCUGACCAUUCGGAACUUGUUAAACCUUAGAGAACAAUGUUUGCACGAAAUAGGAUUUCCCGAUAUCUUUGCCAAGGUCAAGGCGGGAGAAAAUAAAACUGCUUUGCGGGAUUUAAAGGAUUUGUUGGAAAAAGUGGAUUCCGUUCAGGAUGUGGAAGGCAAGAUUGAAUUCUUAAUAGACAACAUGUUGGCAGGUAACAUGUUUGAUUGGGGAUCGAGUCAAACAUUGGAAAUGCUCAGGAAAGGUGAACUCACCUUCGAAGCGGCCAGGAAGAAAAUAAGAAAACCGGAGCAUUUGAACAAAUUACGACUAUUCACCGAACGUAUAACAAGUAGGGCAAAGCCAAAGCUUAAAAAAGCUGUUAUAUUUGUCGAUAAUUCUGGAGCGGAUAUCGUGUUGGGUGUAAUCCCUUUUGCCAGAUUUUUAAUUUCCAUGGACAUGGAUGUCAUCCUUGCUGCCAACAGCUUCCCCGCUGUAAAUGAUGUCACAUUUGACGAAUUGUUGGAAAUCAUGACAGAGGUUUCCGAGAUGGAUACGUUGUUGGGAAUCGCAUGGACAAACAAGAAACUUUCAGUCAUGGCGACUGGGAGCUCGAGUCCCUGUUUGGAUCUGAGAAGGAUAAACGAUGAUCUUGCCGAGGCAUGCAAAGACGUUGAUUUCGUUUUGCUAGAGGGUAUGGGCAGAGCAAUCCAUACAAACUAUAAUGCAAGGUUUUCGUGCGAUUCCCUCAAAAUUGCGGUAUUCAAAAGUACCGCCACCGCUUUGGAGUUUGGUGUUCGUCUACAUGACGCAAUGAUACUAUACGAGGAGGGGAGUUGA